AUGGAACACACGGAGUGCCAUAAUGGCGUCCACGAGUGCGUUCCUGCCUACCUCCGAGCAUCCCGACCCCUAAAAACAUUUACAGAACUGUACAUUGAGAUUAAGAGGAACAGGAUCCGAGAUAUUGAGCGCCACAUUGAACUCAUCACUGUUAAGCACUCAUUGAUCAGUCCUCCAGGAGACAUCACUCUGGAGAAAGAAGUACUGGAAGUGUGGGCCAUGUUAUUCGACUUCGUUAUACACACCAAGUUUAACAAUCCGAUGUUAGAUUCAGCUGUGCUUCUACUCAUCAACCUGACGCAUAGUGUCCCUAUAAGUCAACAGGUCCAUGAUCCAAACAUGAAAAUUCCACAAAGUCUCAGAGAUCUGAACAAGCUAUGGAAGGACGCGACAGGCAAAGAUAUUAAGAUUUUUGUCAACAAAAGGAAGCCCGCACCAAAAACAAGAGAACCUAGUGAAGGGGAAAUUCUAUUACCAACCACAGAAGAAGAUUCGGAUAAGCCGGACGAUAAAAAUAAGGAGAAUGGAAAGGCGGGAAAGCAGACUGAGAAUGAGAAUUGUACCAGUACCGGAGCUACACUGCCUGAUUCCGACAAGAACGAAAUGAGCAGAGCUGAGGUUCCCAUGGUGCGUGAAAUCAUCCGAGUCAAUGGCCACGCCCUGUGGACUGAGUUGCCACUUCUACAUACAUUUUUGGACAGGAAGUUUCUUAUGAUAGGCCGGUUAGAGCGAAAACAAAGGUGCAGCCUGACUAGUUUCCUUGGUCGGAUGAUUGCCGGGGGUCUAUGCGAUCAAUAUUUUGGCUGUAUUGCCCUCUGGUUUAUCCGGGAGACACUGGAGACGCCUCGUGCCAUUAUUGAAGAGGAGGAAGACUCGGACGAAGACGAGUACGGGUCGUAUAACCAGGAGGAUGAGGCCAAAAACAAUAAACGCCAAGCCAAAGAGAAGAAAAAGCACGAUCAAAGCAAAUAUGAUACCAUGGACAUGAUCGAAAAGGAGUUUGCGAAUCUGACACUCAAUGACCUUCUAUUUCCAUGUAUCACAUUGUUUGCUACCUGCAGCAAAGCCCUUGCGGCUUUGAGUGUAAGCAAGCCCAUUAUUUGCGGGGCCGAUAAGAAUAGAUUGACCAAUAUUGGAGAACUUGCUACAAAUUUCGUCAAGGCAACGGAAGUAGGGUUCAGUGUCCAAAGAUGGAUGUUCUGGAAAUCACGAUUGAAGAAAAUUGCUAACCUUGGAGUAAAACCGUUAUCAGGCAGUGCACGAUUGGCAUUUAAUCUUUUAUGCAACUCAGGCCGAUUUUCUGGAAUCGAGCUCCCGGGUGACAAGGAGUUUAUGAAGCGCUCGGUCGAGUACCUGUCCGAAGAGAGCACCUUGGUGGAUUUGUUUAGUUCAGAUCUAAAUUGGAUUGAUGAGGAAAUUUGCCCUUGA